AUGGCGACCGACGUGGGCGCGAACGAAGCCGUCGACCCGAAUACGCUCUACACCAAACAGGAAUGCAUAGGCGGCGGCAGCUUUGGCAAAGUCUACAAGGGCCUUGACCGGCGGACUGGCCACACGGUCGCCAUCAAAGUCAUCGACGUAGAGAAUGCCGAAGACGAGGUCGAUGACAUUAUGGGCGAGAUCAUGAUUCUCUCGGGCAUGAACUCGCCAUAUGUCACAAAAUACUUUGGAUCGUACCUGGCCGGCUCCGACCUGUGGAUUGUCAUGGAGUUCUGCUCAGGCGGGAGCUGCGCCGACUUGAUGAAGCCAGGCCCUAUAGCAGAGGCCGAAAUUGCUGUCAUAUUGAAGGAGCUGCUGAUGGGACUGACAUAUCUGCACGACGACAACAAGCUGCACCGAGACAUCAAGGCUGCAAAUAUCCUCGUUGGCGCGAGUGGGCAGGUCAAACUCGCAGAUUUUGGCGUCUCAGGGCAACUCUCAGCGACCAUGACCAAGAAGAACACAUUCGUCGGCACACCGUUCUGGAUGGCCCCGGAGGUCAUUAAGCAGUCUGGAUACGAUGGAAAGGCCGACAUCUGGUCUCUUGGAAUCACUGCACUCGAGCUGGCCAACGGCGAGCCUCCGUAUGCCGACAUUCACCCUAUGAAGGUCCUCUUUCUCAUUCCCAAGAACCCGCCACCAGCCCUAAACGGCAACUUUUCGCCUGCGUUCAAGGAGUUUGUCGAUCUUUGUCUUCGCAAAGACCCUAGAGAGAGACCAAAUGCAAAGCAACUCCUCCAGACAAACUUUAUCCGCAAAGCUGGCAAGCCAGCUCGCCUGCAAGAACUCAUCUCAAGAUACCAGGAUUGGAAAGUUAGACAUCCAAAGGAGGCUGCCGAAUCAGACGAUGAGGCUACUCCUGUAAAGAGGAAGGACCCAGUCAACGAAGAUCUGUGGGAUUUCGGUACAGUGCGACCUGUUGGGGGUGGUAGAGGGCCAGCUCUAGCCCCCAUGAAUGAUUCUGGAGCAAAUGCGAGAAACAUCUCACCACAGCGGAAACCGGUUUCCCAACAAAGGAGUGGCUACGGCGAUGAGAACGAUGAUACAAUUAGGGAGAGCAUGCCACCUUCUCCUACCAAACGCCUGACACCUCUCCAGACCCACGGUUCGCCAGGCGGCUCAGUAAAAACUGCUGCAAGAGUGCCGCUACCAGCAUCUCCAGAAAAGAGGGCUGUCCCGUCCUUUCCACAGCCAGCAGCAGAGCUACCACGCAAAUCGCCUGUUCCCGCCCUUUUUUCUCCACCACCAAACAGAGGACUGGUUACUCCAACCAAACUGCAGGGUCCCCAACAAGCGAGACGGCACACGCCGCUUCAACACACAUAUGAUGAUCGUGGUUCGUUUGGCCGUCCCAAGCCUACAUCAAACCACCCGAGUCUUCUUCAGUCUCUAGGCUCACCAACGGCACCUGUUGAGAUUACGGCACUUACUGGUGUGGUUGUUCCAGCCCUGGAAGCUGCCCUUUCGCGCCGUAUCUACCAUCUUAAUUUGAAGAACAAGCAAGAAUCAGCACAUUCGUUAGACGACCCACAAGGCUUCAUCGAGCGUAGGCGUCAGCGGCAGGAAUGCCACGAUAAGGUUACGCGGCUGGUGAACGAGAUCAGGGGGAAGUUUGAGGAGCUGGACCGGUGGGAUGAGAAGGGUGAGGUAGGCAUGGGCGGAGAGGUUGCGGGGUUUCUUGAAGGAUUUCUUGAGGAGGUACUUGUUCGAGUCGAGCCAGCCGAUGAUUAG